AUGGACGAGCAGGACCCCAACAAAGACUACGAUCUUGCAAAUGCAAUCACUUCCACUUCUGGACUUCGCCAGGGCCUCACAUCUUAUGGAGAUGCUCAUUUCUCCCUUUUCCUCCGCAAAGUGUUUAUAAAGGCCCUUGGAUAUUCAGAAGAUGCUCUUUCCCGCCCAAUUGUGGGAAUUAUCAACACCAACUCGGGAUUCAAUCCCUGCCAUGCAAAUGUGCCCCAGCUCAUUGAAGCUGCCAAGCGUGGAGUGCAGCUAAAUGGAGGACUCGCCAUAGAAUUUCCUACUAUUAGCGUUGCCGAGUCAUUCUCGCAUCCAACCAGCAUGUUCUUGCGGAAUCUUAUGAGCAUGGACACGGAGGAGAUGAUCCGAGCCCAGCCGUUGGAUGCGUGUAUAAUGAUUGGAGGGUGUGAUAAAACCGUUCCUGCCCAGUUGAUGGGUGGUAUCUCCGCAAACAAGCCAAUCCUACCACUGAUCACGGGUCCAAUGCUGCCCGGGAGCCACCGUGGACAGCGCAUUGGAGCCUGCACCGACUGCCGGAACAAUUGGGCGGCAUUUCGCGCGGGUGAAAUUGAUGUUGAAGAAAUUGCGGCGAUCAACGAAGAGCUUGCUCCAACAAUAGGAACAUGUGGAGUCAUGGGAACUGCUAGUACAAUGGCUUGUAUCACUGCUGCCCUAGGAAUGAUGCCGCUACGGGGCGCCUCAGCACCAGCAGUAUCGUCCGCGAGAUUGCGAAUCGCUGAAGAGACCGGCGCAAAUGCGGUUGCAAUUGCCAAAUCUCAGAGGAGGCCACAAGAUGUAUUGACCAAGGAGUCAUUCUGGAAUGCGAUCACCGUGCUUCAGGCUAUCGGAGGCUCGACGAAUGCCAUUGUGCAUAUAUUAGCUAUUGCGAAUAGGCAUCCAGAGCUACAGGGAGUCAUCACGUUGGACACCAUCGAGGAGAUUGGGCGCAAAACGCCCUUGCUGAUCGAUCUCAAACCAAGCGGUGAUAAUUAUAUGGAUGAUUUCCAUAAUGCAGGAGGCAUGAUGGCGCUAUUGCAAGUGCUCCGACCCCUGCUCCAUCUGUCCGCUAUGACCAUCACUGGACAGACGCUGGGCGAGGUCCUCGAUGCAUCUCAGUCCAAGCAACUCUCCUUUGCGCAAGACAUCAUCCGGCCAAUGUCGAAUCCCCUGUUUCCCGCAUCGUCGCUGGCUGUUCUGCGCGGCAACCUCGCACCAAAUGGAGCGGUCCUCAAGGCCUCGGCAUCCAAAUACCGAACCUUGCUCUCCCACACAGGACCGGCCGUAGUGUUUGAAAAUUCGGCCGACCUUGCUCAGCGAAUCGAUGACCCAUCGCUCGAUGUGAUAAAGGACAGCGUUCUGGUCUUGAAAAAUAUCGGACCGGUCGGUAAUCCAGGUAUGCCAGAGGCUGGUCUAAUACCGAUUCCGAAGAAGCUAGCAGAGGCCGGAGUCAAGGAUAUGCUACGGCUGUCCGAUGGUCGAAUGUCUGGAACCGCAGGCGGAACCAUCAUUCUCCAUAUCUCGCCUGAAGCCGCGUUGCCAGAGUCACCAUUCGGCGUGGUGGAGACCGGUGAUUUGAUUACUUGCGAUAUCGAGACUCGGAAGUUGCAUUUGCACGUCUCCGAUGAAGUACUGCAGGUCCGGAUCGAGCAACGCAAGCAGACCCUUGCAGAAGUAACACAGGCCAGAAAACAAAGGAGAGGAUACCGCGGGUUGUAUGAACGAUCGGUGAAUCAGGCACAAGACGGAGCGGAUUUCGAUUUCUUGACAGCUGGAGAUCCCUGUCAUUUGCGAUCCACCAAAUUAAGGUCGAACGAUGCUUCAGGCUUUCAAUUGCCAUUGAUUGAUUCUUGA